UAAACUCGCGAUUUUAAGCUUACAGCAUGCUUUUCUUUUAUUUAUUUACUAUACAUCACGUCAUAAAUAAUACAGAAAGCAUCGAGAAUCGUAUUAUAACAUCUUUAGGAUAUCGUAAAACAGUUUAUUCGUUAAUAUUCGCUUGGUAUAUAUUACCUAUCGACAUAUAAACUUUAUGUAUUAAGAGUUUAAUAGGAUACGAGGCGAAACCGUUAGCACCCGCAUUAGACGAGAACUAACUGAGACGGGGUAACAAACACGGGGGGGACCCUUAAUGUAGACAGUGAUUCACGCCCCUGAUGGUCAUACUCGUCGCGCCAUUGGUCGGUAUAGAUCCCCGCACGUGCCUGACGCGAGCGAAACGUAAGGGGGGAAGUUAACUGUCUAACGGUAGAGCACACACAUCUGUUACAGCUGCGAUCGCUGCUGGUAGUUCACCACCGCCUGUGCUAACGGUUAGAUAAGUUUAAUUUGAAUGGUUUCGCGGACAAAGAAAUGCAAAAAGCGUCGCUGCUCGGCAACCGAUGCCGAGCUUUAUGUAUCUUACUUGGAGAUUCCUGUAAUGGCAAAUGUACAGGAUGAACCAUUAAGAUAUGGAUGCACCGAUAAUUGGUGUUGGAAUCGACGUGAUAAGUCACACGAAGUUAGAUUAUAUGGACCGAAAUUACGCACUGCACAUUUUCAUCCAAAUUGGAGCAAUGGUACAGCCGGUGUACGUGGUACUCGCAUUCUUAACAGAGGACGAUACUAUUGGGAAGUUAAAGUAUCACAGAGGAUAUUUGGAACCAGUAUGAUGUUCGGAAUAGGAACCAAGAAGGCUCGACUGCAUGUAGAUGCAUUUGUAAACAUGUUGGGUGAAGACGGUCAAGGUUGGGGCCUGUCGCAUAAAGGCCUACUUUGGCAUAACGGAGAAUGGAGACAGUACACCAAGCCAUUCAGAGAAAACGAAGCUACUACAGUUGGUAUUCUCUUCGACGGUCGACAGGGUACACUUACAUAUUAUAAAGAUGGGACAUGCUUAGGUGUGGCAUUUACUGGGCUCCAUUUGAUACAAGAGGAACUGUAUCCAAUUGUAUGCUCCACGGCUGCUAAAACAGAAAUGUCAUUGGGUCAAAUGAAACGAGAAUAUACAGAUUUGCAAGACAGAUGCCGUUCGGCUGUUAUGAGCUGCUUACGAAAUGACAAUGAUGUCAUUCAACUAAAGCUUCCUAAUAGAAUUAAAGCCUAUUUAUUAGAGGCUACCGAUUCAUCCACUGGGCAUGAUAGACCCAGGAGGAAUUUAGUUACUCAGCAAGCAUUCCACGCGAGAAUAGCAUAUGCGGCUAAGAAUUUAAACGGUGUGAAAGGUUCGUGUUUAUACGUAUGAAUGGCAGUUGCAUAUUUAUAAAAAUAUAUGAAUAUAUAUAUAUAUAGUACCAAUAAUAAUUUUCAUAACUAGUUUCGUCUCGUAAUGUAGUCUUGUCUAUUUACUUUCACUCGGAGAUUGCCAAAAAAAAGAGGAAUAAUUCUUACUUUUCAUCCUUUUUGCAUUUACGAAAGCCAGACUGUGAACGUGCCUUCCUAAUGGCUGUGCCUCUUCAUGGGAUCCAAGCGCAUCGCUUAACAAAACAGUUAACUGUAGGAUGACAAGAAGAAAACCGAAAGCGCUAAUAUCUGUGCCAAUUCGGGGAUCUCCAAAAUAAUAAUAAAAAAAUAAUAAUAAUACAAAAUAAAAAUACAUCCACUCCCCACCAGUCGCGUUCAGUGAUUGUAUGUUUGUACGCUUUAUCUAUCGCGUUGCUACGAAUGACUUAAGAACUGUAUACAUCGGCUCUUCUUAGACAUUAUUUCUUAGGAUACCAAUUGAGAAAUUAAGAUUAUUUUCCAUGUAAAAUGUUUCAUUCUUGUUUCCUAAAUUAAGUUAUGUUUAUUAUUAAAAAAUAUAUAUUAAAUAUUGUAUAUAGUAGUUGCAAAAUAUCGCGUUAUGUAUUAGCACGUUUGCGUUUUUAUCUUUUAAUUAUUAUUAUAUAUAUUAUAAGAAAUGAAAGAGAAUGAUGAGUGAACUCUAGUCAAAAGAACAUUAUGGUUAUAACCAAGAUUUGGAGUGAAACCAAAUGUUCUUGUACAUAGUAAACCUUUUAUUACUCGUAUACGCAUUCGCGAAACGUGUACUUAAUGUUCUCGAUGUAUUUAAACAAGCUUAUUGUAACGUGUGAUGUGUUAUUUGUCACAUAAAAUCACGAAUAUAUCAUUUGUGUUCUCGUGAAGUAUUCAUUUCUCCUUCAUAUCCGAAUAUAAUUGAUUUUAUGCCAUAUCUCUUUAUAGAAAAUGUAACGAAUACAAUAUAAAUUUGAUUUAAUUAUUGCACUUCUUCUUCAUAUGUAGUGUUCCAAUCCUACAUUUGUAAACGGGUUUCCAAUGCAAAUUGAAAAAAAAAUUAAAAAUUGAAAAAAAAAAUACAAAUUUCCCGUUUGAUGAGGAAAGUUUAUGAAAAAAAUUCACUUUUCUGGUAAAAAUUUCGCAAAUAUGAUUGUAAUUUUUCCCUGAAAAUAAAAACAAAAA